AUGUUAGCUGCUACAGAGGCUAUUAUGAAAAGUUCAUUGAAUUCACCAAGUUCACCAGGACUUUUAUUACCUCCAAGACGGUCAUCUACACCAAUUGAACAUAGCCCUCCUUAUAUACCUCAAUUAUCAUUUGUAAAUUCAUGUAAAAAAUCUAAUUUAAACGAAACAUUAUGUGAACCAAAAUCACCUCCACAAUUACAUGAAACUACCACUUUGCAUACUAACCAAACUAAUGAUAGUAAUCUUUGUAAAGUAAAUAAUCCUAUUACUUCAAUCAAUAAUGAUAUCAAUACCAUGACUACAUGUAUAUCGGUUUGUAAAUCCUUGCCAACACUUGCUAUUAAUACCACUACCACUACUUAUAAUAAUAAUAACACUAAUAAUAAUAGUUCACCUCGUAAAAGUUUAAAUUUGAAACCUCCAAUUACUACUACUACUAUUACUGCUAAUAGUAGUACACGGAAUCGACCAAUGGCAACUAUAUUUGGUCAAGUACGUAAUCGUGGUACUACUAGCAUUAAGUAUUCUACUAAUACUGGAGUUAAUCAACUGACAUCAACAACUAUUAAUAAUACUGGUUUUGUAAAUACUGUGGAAUAUUCUCCUUCACGUAAAACAUCAGUCAAAUCAAAGUAUUCAUCAACAACAAUAACAAAUAAUUGGAAUAAUUAUACUUGUGAUACAUUAAAUUCACCAAAACCAAUCGGUAUGAUAAAUGCUUCACAAAUGAAUAAUAAUCGUAAAAAAAUCAAUGAUUUAGAUAAUAUCUAUACAUUUCCUGGUGAAUCUCCUACAUAUACAAUUCCAACUGGUAGUAGUACAAUUAAUAACACCUGUCAUUUGGAUACUGCGUCUUCAUCAUCUCCACGUAGUAUAACGUCUAUAGAUUCAAAGCAUACCAAUUCUUGUGUAAGAUCUAAAUCCACUAUUAAACAAAAUCAUUAUCUACAACGAAAUCAGGAUGUUAAACGGUGUUUUUCCUCAUCUUCACCAACAUCUCUCACGUCAAUAUCUUCAACGUCAUCAUCGACAUCAUUAUUGUCGACAACAACAAUACAAUCAGAUUUAAUGAUAAAGACAUUGUCACCGUUUUUAAAUUUAUCCACACUAUCCUCUUCAGUUAUUCAUCCAAAUAAUAAUAAUAAUGCUUCCUUACUGGAUCAGUGUUUAAGCACACCAUCUACUGUCAUUGAUAACCAACUACAUAGUGUUAAUAAUAAUAAUAAUAACAAUAAUAAUAAUAAUAAUGGUAGUAAUGGUAAUAAUAGUACUCCCAGCUCAUCGUAUCUUCAUAAAACGAAUCCCGAUAGUUCUGCAUUAGCCGCAGCGGUUUGUUUGCAACAAUUACAAAUGCAAAUGAUGUGUUGUACCACUAAUCCAACUGCGAUGGCUGUUGCUUUAAAUGCCUUAAAUGGAUUUUCGUCUAAUUCCUUCAUACCAAAUAUGAAUUUUCCAUCAAUUCAUAUGAAUCCUGACACUAGCCAUCAAAAUAAUGAUAAUGAUAAUAGCACAGUAACUGCGACUACUACUACUACCAGUACUACUAAUGCUAAUAGUUCGGAAUGGUUAACAUCGAGUAAUAAUAAUAAUAAUAAUAAUUCCCUAAAUACAUUUAGUCCUAUGGAUUCGAACUGCACAUUACCUAUCAAUAAUCCAUCUCUGUUAUUCUUUCCACAUGAACAUGGAUUAUUGUUAAAUCCUUGUGGAAUACCAUAUACUUCUUAUCCUAAUCAUAUUAGUAGCAAUCAUUCUGCAGAGCUCAGCAUGUUUACUCAAUUAACUGAUUAUAUCGAUGGAUUUUCAUUAGGGAAUAUGUUGAAUCCACCAUUGUCAAAUCUAACAUCUGGAUGUCCGGAUCUAUUGAAUUUAAAUGGUAUACACUUAUCUCCAUGUCUUAAUACGAAUUCGCUGAUAAAAACCACCACCAAGACGACAACAACAGGGACAGUAAAUGACAUGUUAGAUAAUUCCGAUCUACCAAUUGAUUUAUCUGCGAAAAGAUGA